GGGUUCUAUAAAAUGAACACAAAAACUUUCAUAUGACACGAAAUAUCAGUCACCAUAGAAUUGCGAUAUACUCAAAUAGACUCUCUUGAAAACUUGCUUACCUAUUUGUUGGUUUCCCUCCAUGGAGCUUUUCACGGCAAUUUAUUUCUUACUUCUUGUCUACACCAUGAUCACUUUCUGCAAGUAUAUUUUCCAUAAGAGAAACCAAUGCUGCUAUAUGCUGAAUUAUGAGUGCUACACUUCGACCGACGACAGAAAGCUCGACACUGAAUCAUGUGGAAAGAUCGUCCAGCGAAACAAAAACCUUGGUCUGGAAGAGUAUAGAUUUCUCUUACAAACCAUUGUUAGUGCGGGCAUUGGUGAAGAAACUUACGGCCCAAGAAAUGUCAUUGAAGGCAGAGAGGAGUGUCCUACUACCGCUGAUGCUCUUUGGGAGUUGGAUGAUAUCAUUUUUCAGACUCUAGAUAAGCUCUUUGCUAGUUCAGGAGUCUUACCCUCAGAAAUUGACAUACUUGUUGUCAAUGUCUCAUUAUUAUCUCCAGCACCCUCUCUUACAGCUCGUGUAAUUAACAGAUACAAGAUGAGAGAAAACAUCAAGGUUUUCAAUCUCUCUGGAAUGGGCUGUAGUGCAAGCCUUAUUGCAGUUGACCUUGUUCGGCAUUUGUUCAGGUUAUACAACAAUGCAUUUGCCAUUGUUGUGAGUACAGAAUCCAUUGGUCCACAUUGGUACUGUGGCAAGGAAAAGUCCAUGAUACUAUCCAACUGCCUGUUCCGAUCAGGUGGCUGUUCAAUGCUGCUGACGAACAACAGAGCUCUAGAGCGUCAAGCUAUCUUGAAGUUGAGCUGCUCAGUCCGCACCCAUCUUGCUGCAGACGAUGACGCUUACAACUGCUGCAUGCAGGUUGAAGAUGACAGAGAUUACCGAGGUUUUUUGCUCACUAAAAGCCUCAAAAAGGCUGCUGCUAAAGCAUUGAGCAUGAACUUCAGAGUUCUUGUUCCUAAAAUGUUACCAUUCAAGGAACUGCUUCGCUACGUGAUAGUUUCUCGGUUGAGAAAGAAAAUCAAAAGCCUAUCCAUUGAGAAUACUGCAGGAGCGAGUCUAAAUCUUAAAGCUGGUAUAGAGCACUUCUGCAUUCAUCCAGGCGGCAAGGCAGUAAUUGAUGGAGUUGGUAAGAGUCUAGGGCUCGGUGACUAUGAUCUCGAACCAGCCAGAAUGGCACUUCAUCGAUUUGGUAACACCUCAGCUGGUGGCCUAUGGUAUGUCUUAGGUUACAUGCAGGCUAAAAAGAGGCUUAAGAAGGGUGACAAAAUUUUAAUGAUCAGCUUGGGAGCAGGUUUCAAGUGCAACAACUGUGUCUGGGAGGUUCUCAGGGACCUGGAUGAUGCCAAUGUGUGGAAAGGCUGCAUACAACAUUACCCUACAAAACCAAGUACCAACCCUUUCAUGGAGAAGUAUAGUUGGAUCAACGAUGAGCAUUUAAGCUACAUUAAACUUUGCUAAAAAGCCAGGCUCUCCUGCAAGUUUGUCUACUCUUUUGGUAUCUUGUGGUUUGGCUUUAAUUAUUUAGAAAUUUCAUCCAAGUUUCCCUUGUUAUUGUAAUUGUUUAAAAAGGUACCGAUAACUGUAGUAGAAACAGGUUUAUAUAUUUCUGCAUUUCCAUCAAUCAAUUAAUGUAAUUUCCCUUGCUACAAAUGUGGGUCUAACCUAAGAUUGUUCAUAUGGAAAUAUAUGGAAUAUGCACCUAUGAUUGUUUAUAGAUAAAAAAAAGCAUGAAUCGCCUCCUUUCUUGCAAAUUUGACUUGAGAACACAAACAAUUGCCGACCAAA